AGGUUACAUCUCUUCUCAUUCUCUCUCUUUAAAAAUAUAUCAGAAAUUUCUGAAGCUUUUCAAUAGUUUUCGUCAGCUAUGACCGCCCAGAAAUCAGUGUUGCAAUUGAGUGUUCACAAGGAAAGAAUCAGGAAGAGAGUGUGGGCGACCGUGUCUAAGUUUUCAGGCGUAACAUCGAUAGCAAUGGAUGACAAAACGGGGAAAAUGACAUUAGUUGGUGAAAUUGAUGUACCAAGAAUCGUGAAGAAGCUAAGGAAGAUAUGUAAUGCAGAGCUCGUUACGGUUGAAGUUGUUAAACCACCUGAGAAAAAGCCUGAACCGGAGAAACUGACUCCAACUAAACCGACCGAAAUUGUUGCCUUUCCGGUUACGCAGUUUAACAACCCGUACCAAUAUCAUUACUCCUCUGCAAAUUCUUACUAUCAACCAUACGAGAAUUACAGAGUUGUGGAGGAACCAAAUACUUGUGUAAUUAUGUAAUUUUCGUGAUUGCUUUCAAAUAACUUUAGUUAUGGUCUAUGGAACACGUCAUUCUGAUGGAAGAGUGUAUUUUUGGGUUACUGUAAUUGUAAGGGAGAGAGAUGUUUUUUACAUACCAAAAAAAAAAAAAAUUGGGAGAGAGAUGUUUCCACGUCAGGGGUUUCUGCAAGGGAGAUACAUGUUUUGAGAGAGAAAGAUGAUGCAAAUUUAUUUUGUAAAUCAGUUUUAAUAUAUAAACAAAACAUUAAUGGGUAAAU